AUGGCGGGGCAGCUGGGGCGGCUCGGGCCUGGGGGGCGGACCGGGCCUCGCGCCACCUGGCUCCUGGGCGCCGCUGCCCCCUGCGCCCCACCGCCCCUGGCCCUGGCCCUGCUCCGGCCCAGGCCAGACCCCCGGCUGCUGCGCACCGCCCACGGCAACUGCCGUGGCCGCCAGGACCCCGGCAAAACCGUGGGGACGGCGGGCAGCGGCGUCUGCAGCACAGAGGAGCAGAAGCCAAGCAAGUCCCAGCAGCUGAGAAAGGUGUUUCAAGAAUACGGUGCUGUUGGGGUGUCACUGCACAUUGGAAUCUCAUUAAUCUCCUUGGGCAUAUUUUACAUGGUUGUUUCAAGCGGUGUGGACAUGUCCGCCAUCCUGCUCAAACUCGGAUUUAAAGAGUCGCUGGUACAGUCAAAGAUGGCCGCAGGCACGAGCACCUUCGUGGUGGCCUAUGCAAUCCACAAGCUGUUCGCCCCCGUGAGGAUCAGCAUUACCUUAGUCUCCGUGCCACUGAUUGUCCGGUAUUUUCGGAAGGUCUCCUGGUAUGUGUUUGUCUCAAAAGGAGGCUUUCCAACCAGAAAUUCAUAGCAAAGGACUCCAAGACUCCAGAGAUCCACCUUCUCAUCAUGCAUCCGGCCUUCGAUCAUCUCAGGGGGCAGGUAGUCCAGGGUGCCACAGAGGGUGGUUCUCCUAAAAGUAAAGGCUCAGCUUGACACGCUUGUUUUCUGAUUCAAGCAACUGCCAAAAAUCACUGACAAUUGCAUUAGCACUGAGUGCUCCCAGGCCACUUCCUGUGUAUGGAGCAGGUUCUAGUAUACACCCCAACGCAGAGAUAACAGAAGAGAUUGAGGGAGUUGUAUAAGGUCAUACAGCUAGUAACCAAGUUUUACACCAAAUCUGUCAAACUCCAGAACUCCCCUGAACUGUCUAGAAUUGAAGCAUCACAAUUAAUAUAUGAGUGCAUAUGUUCUCUGAACUCAUGCAGAACUCUGUCAAAAUGAUAGGGAUUUAUUUUUAUGAGGGGACUUCAAAAAGUUUGUGGAAAUAUUAAAGUAUGAGUUUAUUUUGGUGCAAUUAAUCCAUGCAUAGUUUUCUCAUCCCAUGAGAUUUUUAAAGAGAUAUGCUAAGGAGCUUCAGAGCCAAGUAGCAUCGAAGACAGGGAACUAGCCCAGCUUAGGUGAUGCGCUGUAUAACGUACGGACUGCAGAGCUGGAAGCCACACAACUGACCAGGGGCCCAGAUCCCCAGGUUAGCCUGAAAAUAUACCAGGCACAUGCACAGAUGCCUGCAGUCCAACUGGAGGGCUAAGGACAGGGGACUGGCAUCAGGAGACUGCUGGUGUGGUGCUCUUCCAGAAAAAAAGAAACUAGAAGUCGCCCACUGUGAAAGUACUAGGGUUUAGCUUACUGCUAAGUUUUGCCUUCUGAUAGGUCAUCGGUACAAGAGAGAUACAGAAGUUUUGAAGGUGGCCUUUGAAAUAGUCUUCCUAAAAACAUUCCAUCUGAAUCUCACCUUUUCCAGCCUUUAGACCUAAAUUCCAGCUCUUAGAGAUACUGGGAAUAAAGGUCCAAGAUAAGCCACAGCGCGAUCAGAAAAACUCAUUUAAAAUGUGUGUGUGGGAGGGCAAGGACUGUUCUACCCUAAGACCAUCAAAUAUAACGUGGACUUUGGUGGGUGGGAUGUGGUUCUAAAAACCAGCCAGAACAUUUUGUGGGCAACGGGGCAAAUCCGAACAUGGCCUAAGCAGUGGCUAUUAAUGCUGUGAAUUUCCAUGGGAGCAGAAAUGGCCGCAGUGGUACAGUCUCCCUGUUCCAGGAGAAGCACACUGUGGUCUUAGGGAUGAAGCAUCAUGAUGUUCACAGCUUAUUUUCAAACAUUCACCCAGAAAGUAGAUGCAGCCAAUAGGGCAAAAUGCUGAGAAACACUGAACAUGGGCACUUGGGAGGCAGGUGGCCCGCCAGCCCCAACUCAGUUUCUGUCCGAUUAGAUUCUUAUCACAAAGAUUGGCAUAAGCUAGGCAUGGCAGGCUGCAGGCCAUGCAGGCCCCAUUGCUUUGUACCAGUUCUCUGCCACUGUGACACUGGACACUGUGGCAGCACUGGGACCUCACCGCCAAGCCUAGUGCCUAGUGAG